ACACUAGGCAGUAGGGUGGAGUGCGGAUUGGGACGCGUCCUGUGUGAGUGUAAAGCUGCGCACAGAGCUGAGCAGAGCGUUAAAUUACAUCUCUGCGCUUUAUUAGAGUGUGUGUUCAUCUGUGUGUUUACCUCAGCGGGGGCCAGAAGUGGACACUAUCACUCACCACUGAUUCGAUUCAGUUCAAAUGAAUCGAUUCCCACAGAAGUGUGAUGUAGGCAGCAGCAUUGCGGUUGCUGUACAGUCACAGGCUCUCAGGCUGUUGUGUGAAGUUGUGAUUAUAAGAGCCAGGUGAAAACUACAUUUAGUGCUGAGACAGGUGUAUGCAGGUGAGGUGGGCGUUGUAUACGGCUCUAACAGCACUGCGCUCCUCAGAUUCACUCAGACGACUCGCACUCAGACAGAUUCACUUCACCAGAAGGCUAGAGACGAUGGAGACGGAGGGCGUGUCCCCCGACAGCGCGGCAGGGCGUGGUCCGAGACCCGGAGAGACGAUGGAGACGGAGGGCGUGUCCCCCGACAGCGCGGCAGGGCGUGGUCCGAGACCCAGAGAGACGAUGGAGACGGAGGGCGUGUCCCCCGACAGCGCGGCAGGGCGUGGUCCGAGACCCGGAGAGACGAUGGAGACGGAGGGCGUGUCCCCCGACAGCGCAGCAGGGCGUGGUCCGAGACCCGGAGAGUCGGUGGUGAAGGAGGGGAAAGCGUCGGUCCUGUUUCCCGGCGCUAACGAGGUUUUCUACAACCCAGUCCAGGAGUUUAACAGAGAUCUAACGUGUGCAGUGAUGACGGAGUUUGCGCGAGAGACGCUGGCUCAGAGAGGAGUGCGCAUCAUCGUCCCCGGAGAGAAGGACAGAGUGGUCGUGUCCCUGACGGAGGAGGAGAAGAACGGGAAAGAGACAGAACAGGCGGAGGAGGAGAGAGGAGAGACAGAGGGAGGAACAGUGCAGGAGGAGAGAAAGCAGGCGGAGUUUAAGACCGCAGCGGUUGGGGAGCGCUGUGAGGAGGGGCUGUGUGUGCUGGAGGGAUUGGCUGCUUCAGGCCUGCGCUCAAUCCGAUUCGCUCUCGAGGUGCCGGGACUAAAACGUGUCACAGCCAAUGACUUCUCAGCUAAAGCUGCUGACCUCAUCACACGCAACACACACCAUAACAACGUCACACACCUGCUGGAGACGCAGAACAGAGACGCCAGCAUGCUGAUGUACGAGGCGAGAGGGAAGAAUGCACGCUAUGAUGUCAUCGAUCUGGAUCCAUACGGAAGCCCCGCCCCUUUCCUGGAUGCAGCAGUUCAGGCUGUUAGUGAAGGAGGCCUCCUGUGUAUCACCUGUACAGACAUGGCGGUGAUGGCGGGAAACAGCGGCGAGACGUGCUACAGCAAAUACGGCUCCAUCUCCAUCAAAUCCAGAUACUGCCACGAGAUGGCUCUGAGGAUUAUCUUGCACAGUCUGGAUCAGCGUGCGAACGUAUAUCAGCGCUACAUCCAGCCCUUACUGAGCGUCAGUGUCGACUUCUACAUCCGAGUGUUCGUCCGGGUCAGAACGGGUCAGGCUACCGUCAAGAACUCAGCCAGUAAGCAGGCACUGGUGUAUAACUGUGUUGGCUGUGGAGCGUUUCACCUGCAGAGAAUGGGCAAGAAAACAAGUCAGGGGAAAAAUAUGAAGUACUCGGCUGCUACCGGACCUCCCGUUGGAGAAUCGUGUUCACACUGCGGUCAGAGACAUCAGCUCGGAGGUCCGAUCUGGGCAGAGCCGAUCCACGAUGUCGAGUUUGUUCAGAAAGUUCUGACUGCGGUUUCGGGAAACCCGUCUCGCUUCGGCACGUCCAAACGCAUCGAGGGAGUUCUCAGCAUGGUCACUGAGGAGCUACAGGAUGUUCCUCUGUACUACGUUCUGGAUCAGCUGAGCAGCACCAUCCACUGUAACACACCCUCCAUGCUGCAGUUCAGGUCAGCGGUGUUGAAUGCAGGUUACAGAGUGUCUCUGUCUCACGCCUGUAAGAAUGCGGUGAAGACCGACGCUCCUGCUGCAGUCCUGUGGGACAUCAUGCGCUGCUGGGAGAAGAAGAACCCAGUGAGGAGGGAGAGGUUAUCAGAGACGAGUCCAGCAUUCCGUAUUCUCUCCACUGAACCCACUGUUCAGGCGUGUUUUGACGUGAGAGACGAUGCGAAUCCUCAGUCACGUAAACGUCACCUCACACGCUUCCAGGAGAAUCCACAGGCUAACUGGGGUCCUAAAGCUCGCGCCAAGUCCGGAGGUGGUAUAUCCUCUGAGCUGGAGGAUAAGAGGAAGAAGUUUCAGGGCAAAAGGAAGAGCCAGAUCACAGAUUCCUCACAGCUCAAAAACUUCCCCUGCAAGAAAUUCCGCAAGGGAACCUGUACACACGGAGAUAAGUGCUGUUACUCCCAUGAUGCCGAGCAGCUGGAGCCUGGAGCGGGAGCGCAGACGCCGUGAUGAAGAUGAUGAAGAUGAUGAUGAUCCUCUGAGCUUUACUUAAUGUUUACAGUGACGCACGUCAGAGCACCAGGUUUAUCAUGCACGUGUUCCUCUCGUCCUGAGGUGGUCACAUGGUGAUGUAGUGGAAAGCUGAUUGGUUAGUGACAGCGCGAGGAGAGAGGACAGAGUAAAUGUCCAUUGGUCGCGUUCCGCUCCUUCACUCCGUCAUUACGUUUCAGCUUGAGUUGUGAGAAUUUAUUUUACUGUAUUGUUUUAUUUUUCCUGGCGAAUAAACUCUCCGUGAACGAUAACGAACUUUCAUUUAUUUUAAUCUAAACACAGAGCUGCUGCAACGAGAAUAAAAAUAAGAAUAAACAGAGAGAUGAGUUAAUGUGAUAUUUGAACCCAACUAAAGAUGGGUAGAUAAAUGUUAUGAACGUGUUUCAUUUUCUUGGAAUAAAGUUUUCUUUUAUACA